UAAUGUGUAUUGGAAACAUAUUAGAAAUUUAGAUUAGAUAUGGUACAAGUCUUUUUGAAAAUUUAAAGUUUUGGAUUCUUUCGUAUAUCCAUUUAAGUAUGAGCUCAGUUUGGGUGAAAUUCGUAAACUAAAAUACUGUAAACAAAAUCCAUUCGGUAAUAAUGUCGGGCUCGGAUCAGUUCUGAUAUCCUUUUUAUUGGGUCGGGUUGGAUUUUCGGGUUUGGUUUUUUUCCCAGCCCUAGUCGUGAAUGUCCGUGUCCCUCUUCAGGUCUCACGCAACCUCCACGCUAAAGGAUCGGAAUCAGGAAUAUUCUCGCCGCCGCCGAUGUCUCUGAGGAUAAAACUAGUGGUGGAUAAGUUUGUGGAGGAGCUCAAGCAAGCUCUUGACGCUGAUAUUCAAGAUCGGAUCAUGAAGGAGAGGGAGAUGCAGAGCUAUAUCGAGGAGCGAGAGCGCGAAGUCGCUGAGCGAGAAGCCGCCUGGAAAGCCGAGCUCUCUCGCCGCGAGACGGAGAUUGCUAGGCAGGAAGCCAGGUUGAAGAUGGAGAGGGAGAAUCUGGAGAAGGAGAAGAGCGUUCUCAUGGGGACCGCGUCGAAUCAGGAUAAUCAAGACGGUGCUCUCGAGAUUACUGUCAGUGGUGAGAAAUAUCGGUGUCUUCGAUUCUCCAAGGCCAAGAAAUGAGUCUUCUUAGGGCACACAAGGAUGAUAUGUUAUACUCCUUUUUCAUUAGCAAUUAGAUAGGGACAAGAUUUGUUCUUUGUUUAUUAUGAUGAAACAUGGAAAAGGAAUUGUUGAAACUAUGCUAGGUUUGUGUAAUUGAUUUCAAUGAAGAAAAAUUAGUGUGUUUCCGCAAACGAAGUUCUAUGAUCACUUUAUAGUGAUUCUUGCUUUGUUUUGUUUGAUUGAUGUGUCUGUUAUACCAUACAUUUUUGAGGUACUCUGUACCUGGUUUCAUGUUUCUUGCUGGUUGCUAAAUCUCUGUACUUGGGGCCUUUCUAGUGGAACAAAAUGAAG